ACACAUAGAUCCCGAUCGACAUGCGCCGACUCCAUUUCGCUGACCAAACACACCAGGUCACGCGGACUUCCCCCACUCCGACGUCUCCUCAAAGUUCCAUCUACUUCUAAAAAUUUCUUGUGGAUUGACCCCUGGACGUGAAUGAGCUUACCUCAGCCUGAAAUAGGUCCAUCACAAGUGGCGCCCGAGCAGGGACCUGAGGGAACGUCGACGAGGGUUUGUGGAAUAAAACUCCACGGCCGCUAGAAAAACAGGAAAAACAACGCGAAGGAAACCCCGACUUCGCGCAAUUUCCAGCGGUGCGGGUUACGCAACGAGAUAACGAAAGCGCGGCUCAACGGUGCCAUCACCCCGACCAGUGUCCCAGUGCCGGAAAACGCAAGCCAAACGAAAUAGCAAACGCGAGAAAUAAACGGAGCAAUGGAAUCCCAUACAGACGAACAGCCCGGUGAGUAUUACCCUGGAUUCGCCAACCCAAGGGUGAGUACCGGAAGGGUGAGCUGGAAUCCUUCGCCGAGGAAUUCGGAUUCAGCCGCGAGGGAAACGUGGAAGAUUAGCGGAGAAAUUUCGCCGAACUAGUAGACAGAUCACCAGGACGAGCCAGAUGACCACAGCCGGGCACCUCGGCGGAGAAGCGAAACACAGACCCCGAGCUCAGCCUACGACCCCGUGGAACCACGGGGGACAAAAGCAGCGUCCCGCCGACAUCGAUAACCGCCGCAGGUCUACCAAAGAAGGUCUUUCUCGCAGAAGGAAACGGCCCCACAGACGGCCAUUACUACAGUCACGUCGCGCAGAUGGCGGAACGGAUUCGAAAGUGGGGAAUCCAGUUCGACGGGCAGGAUGACCCACUGCUUUUCGUUGAGCUACUGGAAGAGCGUGCCCUCUCGUACGGGUAAACAUGAACUUCCUGCCGCGAUCCAUGGCGGAGCUCCUCACCGACCGAGCCAACCGAUGGUUCCGCACCAGCCGACUACAGAGCGCCUCAUGGACCGACUUCCGUCAGGACCGAGUUCCGUCAGGACCGAGUUCCGUCAGGACCGAGUUCCGUCAGGACCGAGUUCCGUCAGGAAUUCCUAGCCUUCUUCCUGCCUCCCAGGUACUUCGAGCAGCUGGAAGACCAGAUCAAGAACCGCAAGCAAGCGGUAGGCGAACCGUUCAAGGACUUCGUCAUCGAGCUCCUUUUGCUCAUGCACCACGUCGGGUACGACGCUGCCAAAAAAUUUAACAGGAUCUACGACAACACUCUCCCAUCGUAUCAGCUAUACGUGCGAAGACACGAACUACGAAGCCUAGCACAACUCACGAUAUUGGCCAUGGAAUACGAAAGUAUACAGGAGAGGAAUAUCUUAGCAACGCCCAUCCCCCCCCGACAACCACCAAGGUACACACGGCCAAUGGCACAACGAGCGCAAAACGAAGGCGAGACGAAUCGGGCCCAAUUCCGAAAAACCCACUGGAACGUCCCGGAACCCGCAAGGGUGCCACACCUUGUCGGCGCUCCAGUCCAGGAAGCUACGCAGCCCCCGCUACAAGUACAAGACGGCCGGAUAGUGGCGAGAGUAACCAUCGGAGCACGGUGCACGGAUGCCACGGUCGACACCGGAGCCUCGCGAAGCUUCAUCAACGCCGACCUCGCCCGCCAACUCGAUCACAACAACGACCUGCGAGAGGCGUGCGUCCAGAUCCUCCUGGCCGACGGCUGCGCACGCGAGAUAACUCAGAUCUUGCUAGCGCGCGUCCGACUAGACGAGCGGAAGGUUCAGAUGCCGCUCUUAGUACUAUCGAAUAUGCUCGAGCAAGUCAUAGUAAAGAUGGAUUUCCUAUGCGCCACCGACACGAUGAUACAGUGCGGCACCACACGCCUCUUCCAUCAAGGUCACCAACGCCCCGUCUCAAACACGCCGAUGAUCACCGCCUGCCAAGUACACACCCCAGGACCCAUGAACUCCAGACCCCCGCCGCCGACGAAUCCCCCGAUACGAAACGAGACACAAGCACAAGAAACGAGGAACACAAAACCCACGGCAGCAAUGAGGCGCACUAGCCCCACGCCGAUAAACCAAAAAUCAAGCAAAGCAACGAAGAAAGCGAGCCGGUCCUCCGAGGCAACCGACGCGGCUCCACCAACGAAGGAAAAAGAAUGAAGGACGCCCCUCCAGAAGACAGACCACCGAGAGAGGCUCAGCUUACCAUUCUUACGAUAAUCGAGCUUGAAGAAUCUCAACCACAGUAACGACCUGAAGAAAUUCCGCGAUCGCGAGCCCGAAGAACCCGCCGACCUACAUGAGAAUGCUGACCUAGACGAGCAAAGCAACGAGACAUUAACCCGACGCCCCAACCACGGCACCGAGUGAGUCAGCCACGACCAUGCACCCCACGAAUUAGCUGACGAAGCGAAGAGAACGCGGACAUCCCAACGUAGACCACAGAAGAAACAUGACGCCGAGCCACAACCGGCGACACCGCCGAAGAGGAGUUUCCCAAAUAAAAAAACAAGAAAAGGGCACGCGGCUGACCCAAUACACACCCCCGGUGCAGCACAGAAGACCAAAGAAGAGCUGGCUCCGCAAAAAUCGACUCCCAAAAACGACUUAAAUAGCCCAAACUCGAGCUCCCAUCCAUCAGUACGCCCUCAGCAAGAGAAGACGAAGUCCCCUGAACCCACAACCUCAGUCAGAGACUCGCCCGACGCCGCCAAACCAAUCACCCUUCCGAAACAAUCCGCUCCCCUCCGGUGUCACCCAACGUGAGAAAACAUACAAGCUAUGAACACCCUUUUGCCACUCCUCGUCCUCGCGGCCGCCGCACACGUGUCGGUCUUACUCAACGAUUACCCCACUGCGAACUACAUCCCAAUCGUCGACAGAGUGCUGCUUCUACGCGAACACCCACUGGCUGUAUGAUUAUCGGAUUAUCACACGUAGAACCAACAUUUUUGUAUCUUACCGAUCGAUCUGUUGCAGCAGUUCACUACAACAAAUAUAAAUCCCAUUACUUUAAAAAUUGCAGUAACGAGAAUCGUCAUUCAUCUGUCAAUACAAAUACGCAAAGCAACAAAUUUUUUAAAACUCAGUAUAGUGUGAAACUAUUGUCAAAAUAGGACGUAACCCAAGUGGUGGAUCUUUUGUAAAAUACUUUUACAGGCAAAAAUUUAGUAAAAAAUAGCGAAAUACAAAGUAUCCCAAGAUAUAUUCGGCAGCUUGCUCAUUCCCAUCAUUCGCAGUAGAGAUGCAAAAUCGGACCAGAACCGGGUCCGGAAUCGCAGAAGUUCGAGCACCGGAGAGGAUAGCGGGCCAUGCUGAUAGAUAUGAUGAGAACAGGCAACAUACUGACAAGGUCUUCAAUUAGAAGUCACUUAACAGGCCACCAGCCUUUGUCAAUCUUUCCAUAUUUCCAGCCUUAAUGCACAUAUCCAAAGAAGGCGCCAAGCGAUUGGCACCGCCCAGAGAUACCGUAAAAAGAAAAUACAUUGUCGAUUUAUUCAAGAACUGCUAUGAUGCCGGUGAUUUCCUAUCUCAUCUGCCAGUGCCCCGAGAUGGGGCAUUCGUUAUAUUUCACAUGCGUCCAAAUCUAUGAAAAACUCUCUAAUCUGCGAGAAAAAACCAGAUUCUAAAUUUUAAAUUUACGUAAACAAGUUUAACCCAUCAUAGCAGUUAGUUUUUAGUCUUGUAACGAACCUAAAAGGAUUCCCCCGACAUAUUAUAAGCAUAAAACCUGAUACUAA